AUGGUCGGUGACCAAACCUCUCGAGCUGUUGGCUACCUGUACAUGCUGGUCAGUACCACCAGCUUCACUUUAAUGGCAGCGGUUUCGAAAAUCAUUGGGGCGCGAGCGUCAACGGAAGAGAAAUUGUUCUGGAGAUCCUUGCUCUCCAUUUUCUUCACAGCUGCAAGCGCUGCCAGCUCCCGGCAUGCUUGCGCGCACAAGAUGCAGUGGCCGAAGUGCCCAUGGCUUUUGCUGCUGCGUGGCUUCUGUGGCCACAUUGCUCUGCUGGCCUACCUUGAGGCAAUCGAGUUGAUGCCGCUUGCGGAGGCGGUGUUCCUGGGGAAGGUGCAUCCGACCUCUGCGUCCCUGCUGUCCUGGGCCUUUCUGGGCGAGCGCUUGAGCGCCAUCCGUGGGCUGAGCAUCGCGGUCUCAAUCUUUGGAGUUGGGCUCAUAGCCAAGCCGUCCUGGGAGGGGCUGGUUUCUGGAACGCUGCUGGGUCCCACCCUGGCCUUGCUGGCAGGAUGCCUUUCAGGUGCCGCCUACUGCUGCGUGAGGUCCCUGGGGCGCAGCCAUGAGGCCGAGAUGUGGACUCUGCUGGCGCUCCCCAUGGUCUCGCUGCCCUUCUGCUUGAAGCAUGCUUGGUCUGGCCUCCAGGAAGGCCAUGAGACGGCAGUUUGGGUCUGGCUGCUGGCACUCGGCAUUUGCACCCAGUUCGGCCAGGUUUUCCUGGCCCGCGGCCUGGCGCUGCUGCCCGCGGCCUCGGGGACGCAGGCGAUGCACUUUGGGACGUUGUCUGGUGUGGUCGCUGCUGCCUUGCUUGGCGAAGGGCUUCCCGGGCUGCAGGCAGCCGUUGGGGGUGUCCUGAUUCUCGGGUCCCUGCAAGUGGCGGAGAUCCUGGAAUCACGCGGCGCCUCCCCCUUCAGUCGCGAUGGCCAAGAGCCGGACCCAAGCGCAGAAGAUCGAGCUGGGAUGGAAAGGGACAUCAUCAAGGUCCAGGCAUCCUUGCCUCAGGAGACAGAGGAGGAGGCCCACGAGGAGUACGAUUUGGGGCGCUUUGACCUCGAGCAACCCGCCGAAGCAAGAGACAGCCCGCGACAUGAUGGCAAGCCACUCCACGAGAGAGCUGUGGAGGGCAAGAGGCGAUCCUAUUCCGCGGUGAGUGUAAGCUUGGAUCCGGCGAUGCUGCGGAAGAUCACGCUGAGAUCCUCCCUUCGAGGCAACGGCAGACUCUGGUGCAGCUCGCCCAUCGACCUGCCGAAGGAGCAGAGAGUCCGACUGUGGCAGCAGUCGCAGCCCUCGGAGGAGAUCGAUAUGUUUUUCUCACACACCUGGCAGACGCCGGGUCGCUGGAAGUAUCUGGUUCUGCUCUUUGAAACAGGUAGGCUUUGCUUCAUGGUAGCUUGGGUCGUCGCUGCUGGGACGAUGACUCUGCUCUGCUUGCUGGGAGCUGUCCCUCUGCCCUUUGAGCCCACCAUUCAGAUCUUGGACUUCGAGGGCGUGACCCCGACGGGCCCGUGGAUCAUGCUUUCCGGCACGGUGGCUUCAGUGCUUGGCCUGGUUGCCUCACCGUAUGCCCCCAGCCUCCUGCAACGAGACAAGGCUUGCUUUUUGGACAAGGUGUGCAUCCACCAGGAAGAUCCUGAGUUGAUGCACCGUGGCAUGUGCGGCCUGGGCGUCUUCUUGCGGAUCUCGAAAGAGCUGCGGGUGCUCUGGAGCGCGGCCUACUUCACGAGGUUGUGGUGCGUCUUCGAGAUUGCAGCUUACAGGGUCCUGAACCCACCGGGAAGGGUGGUGCUGACCCCGGUGUGUGUGGGGUGGGUGAUGGUGCUGCUUCUGGUAUGCUCUUGCUUUCUUUCCAGCGUGCUGUGGAUCGUCUCCAUCACAGACCGAGUCACCUUCUUGGUGCUCUUCGCUGCCGUCUCUCCGUUCUAUGUCGUUGCGCAUGUGCUUCGCAAGAGCUUUCGUUUGAGGCAGUCCUUGAUAUCAGACUUGGAGCACUUUGACUUGGAUUCCGUGGCUUGCCGCGUUGCAGCAGACAAGGACUUCGUGCACGAUGCCAUUAUCGAGUGGUUUGGAAGCACAAACGCAUUCUUGCAGUACGUCCGUGGUGACCUCAGGAGGGAGCUCCUGAGCGCAACGUUACGAAGCAGAAUCCCAAGGGCCUACGUCGUUCUUCUCAGCACUGCCCCGCUCAGUGCCAGCCUGGAGGGCUUUGUCGGACUUUGCAGGGGAGGUGCCCAGUGGAGGCCCCUGCUCUCGCAUCUGGUGGGCCACACGCUGGGCAUUCACCUUCUUUGGUGGCUGCUCAGCAUGAGAUUCUUCCUGUACUUGUGCAAUCUAAACUUCGCAAGCCGGCCCGGGCUCCUGGAUUACCUGCAGUCGCUGCUGGUGUUCCUCAUCUUCAGUCUCUUCUACAGCCUUGGGGGCGCGAUUGGAUACCUCAGCUACUCAAGCAACCUGGGAGCUGCCACAGCAUUUACCAGCGUGGCUCUGUUUUUAACCUGCACCCCCGGCACAACGAUCACUGGUUGUCUGAGCAGCUUGCUUCCCGCGAGGAUGUCACGCCACGUGCUUAGCAUUCUGCCCCUUCCGGAGACUCGAGCAGCGUAG